CUUAACUGAAAACCCAAAUUGACAAAUAGCAACACACCUAGAACUAUUACAACUGCAAAACUCAGCUGGAUGCCUGAAGGGUACAGGAAAACAUGAGCUACUGCGGCAGCAGCUAUCGGAUUGUAAACGUGGACCCCAAAUACCCAGGCUACCCCGCAGAGCACAUUAUAGCCGAGAAGAGAAGAGCAAGAAGACGUCUGCUCCACAAAGAUGGCAGCUGUAAUGUGUACUUCAAGCACAUUUUUGGAGAAUGGGGGAGCUAUGUGGUGGACAUUUUCACCACUCUUGUAGACACUAAGUGGCGCCAUAUGUUUGUGAUAUUUUCUUUAUCAUAUAUCCUCUCCUGGUUGAUAUUUGGCUCUAUCUUUUGGUUCAUAGCCUUCCAUCAUGGAGAUCUGCUAAAUGAUCCCGAUAUCACACCUUGUGUUGACAACGUCCAUUCUUUUACAGGGGCGUUCUUAUUCUCCCUUGAGACUCAAACCACCAUAGGUUAUGGUUACCGCUGUGUCACUGAAGAAUGCUCCAUGGCAGUGCUCAUGGUGAUACUUCAGUCCAUUUUAAGCAGCAUCAUAAAUACCUUCAUCAUUGGAGCCGCCUUGGCCAAAAUGGCAACUGCUCGAAAGAGAGCCCAAACCAUUCGGUUCAGCUAUUUUGCGCUCAUAGGCAUGAGAGAUGGGAAGCUUUGCCUCAUGUGGCGCAUUGGUGAUUUCCGACCAAACCAUGUGGUAGAAGGCACAGUUAGAGCCCAGCUUCUCCGCUACACAGAAGACAGUGAAGGGCGGAUGACAAUGGCAUUUAAAGACCUCAAGUUAGUCAAUGACCAGAUCAUCCUCGUCACGCCAGUAACUAUCGUUCAUGAAAUUGACCACGAGAGCCCUCUGUAUGCCCUUGACCGAAAAGCAGUGGCCAAAGAUAACUUUGAGAUUUUGGUGACGUUUAUCUACACUGGUGAUUCCACUGGGACAUCGCAUCAAUCCAGAAGUUCCUAUGUUCCCCGAGAAAUUCUCUGGGGCCAUAGGUUUAAUGAUGUCUUGGAAGUUAAGAGAAAGUAUUACAGAGUGAACUGUUUGCAAUUUGAGGGAAGUGUUGAAGUCUAUGCUCCCUUUUGCAGUGCCAAACAAUUGGACUGGAAAGACCAGCAGCUCCACAACACGGAGAAAGCCCCACCAGUCCGAGGAUCCGGCUCAUCAGACAUCAAGGUCAGAAGAAGGUCAUUUAGUACAGCUGCCAUUAUCAGCAGCUGUGAAAACCCGGAGGAGACCACCACCUCUGCCACGGAUGAGUGUAAGGAAGCACCUUAUCAGAAAGCUCUCCUGACUUUAAAUAGAAUCUCUGUAGAAUCCCAAAUGUAGUCCUAAAUUAUGUUUACCAGGGCUACCACUCAAUCAUUUUACUCUUAGCCCAUCACCUUAAGGCAAGUAGUUAUAAUCAAGGUUUUUAAAGAACGGUUAUAGUACGUUUGAUAGUGAUGGGGGAUAAG